GGAGAGGGGGGGCCGCUCGACCCUCUGGGAGACCUUGGGGAGCCUGAACACCUGGGAUCCCCCCCCCCCCCGAACCAGGUUCCCCCCAGGCACCAUGCCAGCCCCAUAGCACUGCCCACCCCACCCACAGUGGUCUGCUGUACCCCACUGCUGGGGCUCUGGUUCCAAUGAGACAGGGCACACCAAACUCCAUCUGGAUUCUGCGUGCGCACGUCAGGCCUCUUACCACGCGUCCUGCGCGGCUGGGGUCCUGCGCGGAGGAGCUCUUCGGCCUCAAGCCCAGAGAGAGCUGUUACUGAGGCGGAGACACGGGUGAUGACUGGCUUUCUGGGCAGAGGGGAAGUCCUGUGAUUGGCCCGGUCUCUGGAGCUCGCCGACGCAGAGAGAGAGGGCGCUCCCACGGAGACCGGAAUUGGCUGUGAACGGCCCCAGGCGGCCAUCUGGGGUCACUGGGCACUCUCGUCAGAGUGGCCGGAGCCCGACCGUCGUCCCACAGAGCUGGGGCAGGGGGCCGUGCCCGAUCUCCAGGGCUCCUGGGGCCACUGCUGACCUGGCUGGAUGCAUCGGGCAGUGGACCCUCCAGGGGCCCGCGCUGCACGGGAAGCCUUUGCCCUUGGGGGCCUGAGCUGUGCUGGGGCCUGGAGCCCCUGCCCGCCCCAUCCCCCUCCUCGUAGCGCAUGGCUGCCUGGAGGCAGAUGCUCGGCCAGCAUCGGGCAGCCCCCACUCGCUGCUCCCCUACCCCCUUCACAUGGCAAUAGCUCUGGGCACCCCAACAAACCAUAUUAUGCUCCAGGGACCCCCACCCCAAGACCUCUCCAUGGGAAGCUAGAAUCCCUGCAUGGCUGUGUGCAGGCAUUGCUUCGGGAGCCGGCCCAGCCAGGGCUGUGGGAACAGCUUGGGCAGCUGUACGAGUCAGAGCACGACAGUGAAGAGGCCAUACGCUGUUACCACAGCGCCCUUCGAUAUGGAGGAAUCUUUGCUGAACUGGGGCCCCGCAUUGGCCGACUGCAGCAGGCCCAGCUCUGGAACUUCCAUGCUGGCUCCUGCCAGCACCGAGCCAAGGUACUGCCCCCCCUGGAGCAAGUGUGGAACUUGCUGCACCUUGAGCACAAGCGGAACUAUGGGGCCAAGCGGGGGGGUCCCCCGGUGAAGCGAGCUGCAGAACCUCCAGUAGUGCAGCCUGUGCCUCCUGCAGCACUCUCAGGCCCCUCGGGGGAGGAGGGCCUCAGCCCUGGAGGCAAGCGCAGGAGAGGCUGCAACUCUGAACAGACCGGCCUUCCCCCAGGGCUGCCACUGCCUCCGCCACCAUUACCACCACCACCACCACCCCCACUUCCUGGCCUGGCCACCAGCUCCCCAUUUCAGCUGACCAAGCCAGGGCUGUGGAGUACCCUGCAUGGAGAUGCCUGGGGCCCCGAGCGCAAGUGUUCAGCACCCCCAGAGCGCCAGGACCAGCGGCACUCGCUGCCUCACCCAUAUCCAUACCCAGCUCCAGCCUACACUGCGCACCCCCCCAGCCACCGGCUGGUCCCGGCUGCACCCCCAGGCCCCCGCCCCCCAGGAGCAGAGAGCCAUGGCUGCCUGCCUGCUACCCGUCCCCCCGGAAGUGACCUUAGAGAGAGCAGAGUUCAGAGGUCGCGGAUGGACUCCAGUGUUUCACCAGCAGCAACCACCGCCUGCGUGCCUUACGCCCCUUCCCGGCCCCCUGGCCUCCCCGGCACCACCACCACCAGCAGCAGUAGCAGCAGCAGCAACACCGGUCUCCGGGGCAUGGAGCCGAGCCCAGGCAUUCCCGGCAGUGACCAUUACCAAACUCCCACGCUGGAGGUCUCCUCUCACCAGGGCCGCCUGGGGCCCUCGGCACACAGCAGUCGGAAACCGUUCUUGGCGGCUCCUGCUGCCACUCCCCACCUGUCCCUGCCACCUGGACCCCCCUCAACCCCUCCACCCCCCUGUCCCCGUCUCUUACGUCCCCCACCACCCUCUGCCUGGCUGAAGGGCCCAGCCUGCCGGGUAGCCCGAGAGGAUGGAGAGAUCUUAGAGGAACUCUUCUUCGGGGCUGAGGGACCCCCCCGUCCUCCCCCACCACCUCUCCCCCACCGCGAGGGCUUCUUGGGGCCUCUGGCCCCCCGCUUUUCUGUGGGCACUCAGGAUUCACACACCCCUCCCACUCCCCCAACCACCAGCAGUAGCAGCAGCAGCAGUGGCAGCCACAGCGGCAGCCCUACUGGGCCUGUGUCCUUCCCCCCACCUCCCUAUCUGGCCAGAAGUAUGGACCCCCUUCCCCGGCCCUCUAGCCCAACACUGAGUCCCCAGGACCUGCCUCUUGCACCCCUGACUCUUGCCCUGCCCCCAGCCCCUCCCUCCUCCUGCCACCAAAAUACCUCAGGAAGCUUCAGGCGCCCGGAGAGCCCCCGGCCCAGGGUCUCCUUCCCAAAGACCCCCAAGGUGGGGCCGGGGCCAUCCCCAGGCCCCCUGAGUAAAGCCCCUCAGCCUGUGCCGUCCGGGGUUGGAGAGUUGCCUGCCCGGGGCCCACGACUGUUUGAUUUUCCCCCUACCCCGCUGGAGGACCAGUUUGAGGAGCCAGCUGAAUUCAAGAUCCUACCUGAUGGGCUGGCCAACAUCAUGAAGAUGCUGGAUGAAUCAAUUCGAAAAGAGGAGGAGCAGCAACAACAGGAGUCAGGCGUGGGCCCUCCACCCCCACUAAAGGAGCCCUUCGCAUCUCUGCAGCCUCCAUUCCCCACUGACACAGCCUCAACCACCACUGCUGCCAGCACCACCGCCGCCACCACCACCACGGUCACCCAGGAAGAGAAGAAGCCACCACCAGCCCUACCACCACCACCGCCUCUAGCCAAGUUCCCUCCACCCCCACAACCACUGCCCCCGCCCCCACCAGCCACCCCAGCCAGCCUGCUCAAAUCCUUGGCUUCUGUGCUGGAGGGACAAAAGUACUGUUACCGGGGGACUGCAGCAGCUGUUUCCACCCGGCCUGGGCCCUUAUCCACCACUCAGUAUUCCCCUGGUCCCCCAUCAGGUGCUACCGCCCCACUGCCCACCUCAGCGGCCCCUAGCGCUCAGGGCUCCCCACAGCCCUCCGCUUCCUCGUCAUCUCAGUUCUCUACCUCAGGUGGGCCCUGGGCCCGGGAGCGCAGGGCGGGCGAAGAGCCAGCCCCGGGCCCCAUGACCCCCACCCAGCCGCCCCCACCCCUGCCGCUGCCCCCUGCUCGCUCUGAGUCUGAGGUGCUAGAAGAGAUCAGUCGGGCUUGUGAGACCCUUGUGGAGCGGGUGGGCCGGAGUGCCACUGACCCAGCAGACCCAGUGGACACAGCAGACCCAGUGGACAGUGGGACUGAACGACUGCUGCCUCCCACACAGGCCAAGGAGGAGAGUGGUGGGGUGGUGGCAGCAGCAGGGCCAGGCAGCAGCAAGCGGCGGCAGAAGGAGCACCAGAAGGAGCAUCGGCGGCACAGGAGGGCCUGUAAGGACAGUGUGGGUCGGCGGCCCCGUGAGGGCAGGGCAAAGGCCAAGGCCAAGGCUCCCAAAGAAAAGAGCCGCCGGGUGCUGGGGAACCUGGACCUGCAGAGCGAGGAGAUCCAGGGUCGUGAGAAGGUCCGGCCUGACCCUGGCGGGGCGUCUAAGGCCAAACCAUCCACAACUGCGGUCCCUCCACCAGCUCCUGCACCCUCUGCUCAGCCCAUACCCCCAUCAGCCCCUGUUCCUGGAAAGAAGGCUCGGGAGGAAGCUCUGGGGCCACCAGGCGUCAGCCGGGCUGACAUGCUAAAGCUGCGCUCACUUAGUGAGGGGCCCCCCAAGGAGCUGAAGAUCCGACUUAUCAAGGUAGAGAGUGGUGACAAGGAGACCUUUAUCGCCUCUGAGGUGGAAGAGCGGCGGCUGCGCAUGGCAGACCUCACCAUCAGCCACUGCGCUGCUGACGUUGUGCGUGCCAGCAAGAAUGCCAAGGUGAAAGGGAAGUUUCGAGAGUCCUACCUUUCCCCUGCCCAGUCUGUGAAACCGAAGAUCAACACUGAGGAGAAGCUGCCCCGGGAAAAACUCAACCCCCCGACACCCAGCAUCUAUCUGGAGAGUAAACGUGACGCCUUCUCGCCGGUGCUGCUGCAGUUCUGUACGGACCCUCGAAAUCCCAUCACCGUGAUCCGGGGCCUGGCGGGCUCUCUGCGGCUCAACUUGGGCCUCUUCUCCACCAAGACGCUGGUGGAGGCGAGUGGUGAGCACACCGUGGAGGUGCGCACCCAGGUGCAGCAGCCCUCAGAUGAGAACUGGGAUCUAACGGGCACACGACAGAUCUGGCCCUGUGAGAGCUCCCGUUCCCACACCACCAUUGCCAAGUAUGCACAGUACCAGGCCUCGUCGUUCCAGGAGUCCCUGCAGGAGGAGAAGGAGAGUGAAGAUGAAGAGUCAGAGGAGCCCGACAGCACCACAGGAACCCCUCCUAGCAGUGCACCAGACCCGAAGAACCAUCACAUCAUCAAGUUUGGCACCAACAUCGACCUGUCUGAUGCCAAGAGGUGGAAGCCCCAGCUGCAGGAGCUGCUGAAACUGCCCGCCUUCAUGCGGGUCACAUCCACGGGUAACAUGCUGAGCCACGUGGGCCACACCAUCCUGGGCAUGAACACCGUGCAGUUGUACAUGAAGGUCCCCGGCAGCCGAACACCAGGCCACCAAGAGAACAACAACUUCUGCUCUGUCAACAUCAACAUCGGCCCUGGCGACUGCGAGUGGUUUGCGGUGCACGAGCACUACUGGGAGACCAUUAGCGCCUUCUGCGACCGGCACGGCGUGGACUACUUGACAGGUUCCUGGUGGCCAAUACUGGAUGACCUCUAUGCUUCCAAUAUCCCUGUGUACCGCUUCGUGCAGCGCCCCGGAGACCUCGUGUGGAUUAACGCAGGGACUGUGCACUGGGUGCAGGCCACCGGCUGGUGCAACAACAUCGCCUGGAAUGUGGGGCCCCUCACCGCCUAUCAGUACCAGCUGGCCCUGGAACGAUAUGAGUGGAAUGAGGUGAAGAACGUCAAGUCCAUUGUGCCCAUGAUUCAUGUGUCCUGGAACGUGGCUCGCACAGUUAAAAUCAGUGACCCCGACUUGUUCAAGAUGAUCAAGUUCUGCCUCCUGCAGUCCAUGAAGCACUGCCAGGUGCAACGGGAGAGUCUGGUGCGGGCAGGGAAGAAAAUCGCUUACCAGGGCCGGGUCAAGGACGAGCCUGCCUACUACUGCAACGAGUGUGAUGUGGAGGUGUUCAACAUCCUGUUUGUGACGAGUGAGAACGGCAGCCGCAACACGUACCUGGUGCACUGCGAGGGCUGCGCCCGGCGCCGCAGCGCGGGCCUGCAGGGCGUGGUGGUGCUGGAGCAGUACCGCACUGAGGAGCUGGCGCAGGCCUACGACGCCUUCACGCUGGCCCCCGCCAGCACGUCGCGAUGAGGCCGGACGCCCCGCCCGCCUGCCCGGCCGCCCGCGCGGGCGCCGCGGGGCCACCAGCACACGCCUGGGCUGGACCUAGGUCCCGCCUGUGGCCGGGAAGGGGCUUGGGCCCAGCCCUUCGACCCCAAUGGCAGCUCCCCUCACUUAAUUUAUUAAGAAAAAGAAUUUUUUUUUUUUUUAACAAAUAGGAAAAAAGGAAAAAAAAAUGGGAGACGGGGGAGGGGGCUGGCAGCCCCUCGCCCACCAGCGCCUCCCCUCACCGACUUUGGCCUUUCUAGCAACAGACACAAGGACCAGGCUCCGACGGCGGCGGGGGUCACAUACGGGUUCCCUCACGCCUGCCGCCCGCCCGCCCGCCCGGCGCAGAUGCCCGCGGCUAGUGUAUGUACAUAGACGUUACGGCAGCCGAGGUUUUAAUGAGAUUCUUUCUAUGGGCUAUUCCCCUCCCCCAGAACCUCCUUUUUUACUUCCGAUGCUAGCUGUGACCCUGUACAUGUCUCUGUUUAUUCACUUGGUUAUGAUUUGUAUUUUUUGUUCUCUUUUUGUUUGUUUUUGGUUUUUAAUUUAUAACAGUCCCACUCACCUCUAUUUAUUCAUUUUUGGGAAAACCCGACCUCCCGCACCCCCAAGCCAUCCCGCCCGCCCCUGCAGGGACCGCCCGCCAGUGUGUGUCCGGGCCCGGCCCGCCCGUCUCCGCUCGUCCGCCCUCGGCUCCAGCCGGGUUCUCAUGGUGCUCAAGCCCGCUCCCCUCCCUACGUCCUGCACUUUCUCGGACCAGUCCCCCCACUCCCGACCCGAUCCCAGCCCCGCCCGAGGGUGAGCGACUCCUGUACUGUAGGGGAAGAAGUGGGAACUGAAAUGGUAUUUUGUAAAAAAAAAAUAAAUAAAAUAAAAAAAUUUAAAAGUUUUAAAGAAAGAACUGUGAGGAAAAGGAACCCCGUCCUUCCUAGCCCCGGCCAAUUUUAAAAACACGGACCUUCGCCCCCACCCCCUUUUCUUUUUAAGCGUGACAGCCCAGGGCCAGGGCCUCACUGGGGCAGGGACACCCCGGGGUGAGUUUCUCUGGGGCUUUAUUUUUGUUUUGUUGGUUGUUUUUUUAUCCUCCAUGCUGGGGCUGCGGAGGGGUGGGGGGUUUACAGUCCCGCCCCCUCGCACUGCACUGUCCUUCUGCCCCAAGGGCAGAGGGGUCUUCCCAACCCUACUCCUAUUUUCGGUGAUUUUUGUGUGAGAAUAUUAAUAUU